AUCCCCUGCCGGUCUCCUAGCAGCCGCCGGUGCGGGGAGGGAGCGGCUCGUGAAGGGCUGUGGCUGCUGCCCGUGGCGCCUGCCCCGCUGCUCGGCAGGUAACUGAGGGCGGCAAACCGCAGGGCCGCCGCGCAGCGGGACCCCGCCCGGGCGCAGGGAGAGGGUAUUCCAGAGACCAUCUGUGACUGUUUUCAAGAUAGUUCCACUUAAUGAGGUUAUGGGAGAGAAGGAGCCAUGUCAGAAGAAGCUGUUACUGAGGCACGAUUUUCUCUGAAGGCUGUAGCUUUACGGGUAUUUCAUCUUCCCCUUUAUUGGUAUUGUUCUCUUAACCAGAUAAAGCUUUCCCCUGGAUUAAAGAAGCUUUUCACAGUAACAGCAGUGAGUGCAAUAUCUGUUAUUUUUCUGGCCCAUCAUUUUAAAAGAAAACGUGGAAAGAAAACCAAGAAAGUGCCACCAUGGGAACCAAGUCAUCUAGUAUUAGAGUGUACCAAAGCAGCUGCAUCAGAAAAAGGUUCUAGUUGUUCCAGUAGUCGGCAAAACUUGACUCUUUCUCUGAGCUCUGCCAAGGAAAAAGGAUCUCAGUCUUGUAUCUAUGCAAAUGGGGGACUUUUCAGUAAAUACUCCGGUUCAGUUCAGAGUCUGGUCUCGGUUCAGAGUGCCACCUCUUGUCACAGUUGUGCUUGUGCCAAUUCUAAUUCCUGGGAUAAAGCAGACGAAGAUGAUAUUAAGCUUGUCAAUAUUCCAGUGACCACACCUGAAAAUUUAUAUUUGAUGGGCAUGGAGCUUUUUGAAGAAGCGCUGCGUCGAUGGGAGCAGGCACUAACUUUCCGUAACAGGCAAGUUGAAGAUGAAGCAAGCUGUGGUUCCAUUAAGCUGGGAGCAGGAGAUGCAAUUGCAGAAGAAAGUGUAGAAGAUAUCAUUAGUGCUGAAUUCAUUCAUAAGCUUGAAUCCCUUCUUCAAAGAGCUUAUCGUCUUCAGGAGGAGUUUGAGGCCACCCUUGGGGCCUCUGAUCCUGCUUCUCUAGCUAAUGAUAUUGAUAAAAAUACAGACGUUACUGUAAAGGAUAAUACGGAUGAUUUCUGCCUUCGAGAUACAUUAAGCAUUGCAUCAACAGACUCCUUUGUUUCCACAGCUGAGCUUACAGAGCACAGAGAGACUCGUAACACGUAUGGUCUAGAUUCCCUUUGCCAUUGCCCAUUGUAUGAAGAAGCUAUGCACUUAGCAGAAGAAGGCAAAAUUUAUUCACGAGUGUUAAGGACUGAAAUGUUUGAAUGUCUAGGAGACAGUGACUUCCUUGCUAAGCUUCAUUGUAUUCGACAGGCUUUUCAGAUAAUUCUUUCGGAAACAUCAAACAGAAUAUUUCUUGCUGAAAGUGGAAGAAAAAUUUUGUCUGCUUUAAUUGUGAGAGCACGAAAGAAUCCAAAGAAAUUUGAAGAUGUCUUUGACGAAAUGAUAUAUUUUUUGGAACAAACAGAUCACUGGGAUAAUACUGAAAUGGAACUUGCUGCUAGAGGAGUGAAAAACCUGAAUUUUUAUGAUGUUGUUCUGGACUUCAUAUUAAUGGAUUCAUUUGAAGAUUUAGAAAAUCCACCAAUUUCUAUACAGAAUGUAGUAAAUAACCGCUGGCUGAAUUCCUCUUUUAAAGAAACAGCUGUAGCUUCAAGCUGUUGGUCAGUACUGAAGCAGAAAAGACAGCAAAUGAAGGUGCCUGAUGGAUUUUUUGCACAUUUCUAUGCUAUAUGUGAACAUAUAAGCCCUGUUUUGGCAUGGGGCUUUUUGGGCCCUAGAAAUUCCCUUUAUGACCUAUGCUGCUUCUUCAAGGAUCAAGUGCUUUUCUUCCUCAAAGACAUUUUUGAUUUUGAAAAGGUGAGAUACUCAACUAUGGAGAGUUUGGCUGAAGAUCUGAUGCAAUUAUUAAUCCGACACACUGAACUUUUAAUGGCCUAUCUUGGAGCAGAUUCACUAAGACAUGUCGGUGCUUGCGUAAGUGGUCAUGGCCAUGUCAUGACCAGUGGGCUCUUAGAAGCAAAAGUACAGUAAGCUUAAAGUCCAUGACAAACGAAAUGGAGUGCGCUUUGACAUACUCCUUCCCACCUUUCUCUCUAACACCGAAGCUAUCGUUGCUGUUACUGAGCAAGCAUCUGAAAAUGUAUUGUGUCGCUAAGUAUGGAAAAGGACUCAGGGAGGUUAAAUGUAUGAAAUGUCUGCAAAAAGAACUGGUGAGCAUAUUACUGUAUAUACCUAAAUUAAAUUUGCAGCUCAGCUGUCACUGUAUUUAUACUUAAUGUAUCCCAAAGCUUUCUUCUGUAAUAUUUGGGUAAACUUUAUUUAUGAAGUACUGUACUUUUGCACAGAUAAUUUGUAAGUGAAGCUGAUGGAGUUGUUUCCUUUAAAGGCUUAUAGUACAAAAUGUUCAUUACAGAGUCUCCAAAUCGUCGUGUGUCUAGAUCUAGAAGGUGUUUUGACUGGGGUAUGUGCAGUCUCUGAUUCAUGUGACACAUGCAAUAAAGUAAUCACACUCACAAAAUUGAACAUGUUGCCACUGCCCUGAAAUGACAUUUGUGUGGGUGUAAGCAGUCAUUUGUACUACAGUGUGAUACAGCAAUGCAGGAAACGCAGGCACCGUUUGGGCAGGAAUGACUUCCAGUGUGCAUUUUUUACUUUAGUUUGUUUUGAAAUAUCUAAACAUCAUGAAGGUGUUUUAGAGCAUUAUUUAUAUUUGAAAAGCUAUGCUAGCUUCAUCAAUUAAUUUAAAACUUUUCCUUUUCUAAAACUCUUACUACUUUAUAUGGUGGUGGUAAAUAAACUAAUACCAUUCUCAGUUCAUAUGUAGCAUUUCAAAAUAUAUUUUUAAAUAAGGAUGUAUGAUGAGAUUUGUUAAUCAUGAAACAAAACUGAAGACAGUGUUUUAUAAUUAAAAGCAUUUCCGUCUUCCUCCCUUCCUUGUAGGAAGUCAGGUGUCUAUUUAAGAGGAAAUUUAAGUGAUUGUGGCCAUCUGUGUGCAAUGCAAAUCAGUGGCUCAGGAUAUGGAACCCUGAACUUUAGAUAGGAGCACAGCACAGCGAGAAGGCGUGAGGGAACUCGCAGUAACCUUUUUUCCUGUGCGAGAGGUAACAAAUAAUGAUGAUCUAUAAUCUUUGAAUUUCUGUAAACUGAAACAAUGUCUCAUAGUUAGCUUAGGCUUUUAAACUACACUCGUGUAUGCUUUGCUGCACAAAGCCAGCCCACAAGAAUCUAUCCUGUGUCAAGUAAUACAGAGUAAGUAAUUACAGAGUAAUUCUAAAUAUUCAGAUACUUGAGAAGCAUGUUGUUAAAAUCUAGCAUAUUGAAACAAACAUCGAUUAGAAACAUUUCAAUUUUUGUUGCAAACACAACCCAAAACGAUGAUAUUUCAAACCUGUUCCGUAGGUUUUACUGAAGCCGAUAUUUUGCUCCUUUGUUGUACUCAUAAAUAUAAAAAUGAUGAAAAUGUGUCAUAUGACUUAUGUGAAAUGCCAAUUGAUUAUAGUUUAUUUCAAAAAAAAGAAAGUAUAAUUCUACGUAUAAUAAAACAGAAAUUCCAAAUGCUGCUGUUGGCCUGUUUCCACCAUUCAAGCUGCUGAACUUGGCAGCAUGUUCCAUGCUAUGCUUUUUUCUCUGCAAAGUAUGCCUUCAAUACCAGAGCGUGAAGUUCUUUUCACCCAUCUCACUUAGCUUAAACAUGCAUAUCUCCCCCGAUCAUACUGCUCAAAAGUAUCUGUAUUAUGGCAGCUUUUUGCAAGUCUAUGAAUGAAGUUAAAUGGAACAAUAAGGUGUCUCUUUGGGUUCAGAAUCAAUAGGAAUAGCUGGAAACAGAAGUAACCGAGUAAACGACAUGUUCCACAGCAAAUGUACUACCUGGAGGUGGCAAUGUGUCAAAGGAAACUGUCUGCUGUGGUUUGUCUAGUCUAAAAAAAUGAUAUGAAGAAAGUGAUGCCUUAACAUUCAUCACAGAAAAACAGAAAUGCACUUUUUCACAGGAGUAAAUGUGUAUUUGAGUUAUUUUCAUAUUACUUAUAAAAAGCUCUUGAAGAAAGCGCAACAGCAUUGCACAUGAGAUUAUAAAUGUUUCCAGAUAAUUUAAAAGUCGAUCUUCUGUCAAAACUGGAAGGAAUUUUUUAAACAGAAGAAUGAAAAAGGUCUAAUGAAACACUAAAAUAUUUAGAAAAUGGGUAAGAACCUGAUAAUACCUGGCUUAAACAAAUGUAUCCCUUUAAUCAGGAGCAAUCCCAUGCACUCAUAGAGCUCUCAAAAGUCCAUAGAAUCGGGUUGGAAAUUGGAUGGAUAUAUUUCCCAUCCAAAAUAAGAAUUACAGUAUCUGAUUGCUGUAAGAUACCACCAACAAAUAUUUGAUUCAGGAACAGUUAGGAAGAAAGAAAGAGGAAGAGGGAAGUGUGCAGGUACACAUGGACAGGCUUUUGAUCUCCUCUGGGUCUCUUUGGACCUUUUCCCAAAAAACACUUGCAUACGUACUGCCUUUCCUAACUCCGGAGAGAGCGCUAUACGUUUCAGUGGGAGAUAGCUGUCCCCUUGUAACACAGCCCUGGAAUCAGGUCUGUCAGAACCUAAGGUUUGUACCCCUUAGCUAGAAGGUGCGUAAAGUUAUUCUUUAUCUGUUGAUAAUCAGCCAUACGGCUUAAGAAUUUCACAAGUCCACCAUCUUUGAAAACACACAUGCCAGAGCUGCACCAAAGCAGUGAUAGCAUGAUGCAAUUCUACUUUAGUUUUCAUAAUCAAAAUUGGAAUUUAGUUUAUAAUCUCUAAAUUUUUAAAUAGUUUUGAAUGCCUCUUUCAUGCUAAUAAGAACAAGCUAAAUUUAAAAGCCAUCCUCUUCUGCCAUAACUGUACUAGGAUCAGAAAUGUUGGAUGUAUAAAGAUUAUACAAGAAUCAAAUAUUUAUAUCAUUUGUAAUUUAGUUGUAAUAAUAAUCUCACUUUUAAUGUGUUCUUAGUGACUAUUAUACUUCACUUUUGUAGUCUUUGGUUUCUGUCAAACUAAACAUGUCAAAUCAAGUGAGAGUAAGUGUAUUUGUGAACUUUCUAUUGCCUGAAUGAACUGCAGUUGUGUAUAUUAAAUAAAAUAAUUCAGUGAAACAA